GUGGUUAACGUUGGGUGAUGAAUAGAGGUCCGUAGGGAUACGCGUGGCGUACCUAAGGUAUACGGCGUUAACGUAGGCGGUGACCCGACCGCUUUCUCUCCACCUCCCUCCCCUUCCCUCCUCCCCCUCCUCUCUCUCUACCGUAAUAACCCAAAGAUUGGGGUUUAUACUUUCCGCUCUUUCUUCUUUUCAUCUAUCUCCUCUCUUUCUCUCUCACUCUCUUUCUGUUCCUUCGAUGGCGACGGCGGGCUACGGGGGAGGGAUCGGAGGGAAGUUCCGGCGGCGGCCGCAUAGGAGGGCCGCGACGACGCCGUAUGACCGCCCGCCGGCGGUGGCUCGCGGGCUUAGGGGCCGGACGGCGGAGGCGGGACGCAACGGGUGGCUCUCGAAGCUCGUCGAUCCCGCCUCGCGGUUCAUCGCCAGCAGCACCUCCAGGAUCUUCUCCUCUGUGUUCGGCAAGCGUCUUGCGCUGCCGGAAGCUCCAGAAGGAAACCAUCAGUCGAGUCAAGAAGCUCCUGAAGUAGCUUGCACUCUGCUGUAUCCAUCAUCCAAAUUGCUAGAAAAUGAAAGAAAUGGGGCUGAGCAAACGAAUAAUCCUGAUACCAGUGGUAUUUCAGAACUUGAAGAACUACUGAAGCAGAAAACAUUCACGAGGGUUGAGUUUGAUUAUUUGACACAAUUACUGCGCUCAAGAACUUUUGAGCCAGACAGGUCAAAACCUACAACCAAUAAGGAAGAAAAGGAAGAGACAGUUGUUUCAGCACAAGAUAAUGGAGUAGGAUGUUCCAAAUCAUUUCAGGAUUUCUCAACUCCUUCCAAAAGUUUAAUGAUUCCUGAGGUUGAAGCUGCUUCACCAGCAGAACUUGCCAAAGCAUAUAUGGGGUCUAGAUCUUCAAAAGUGCCCUUUUCUGCUCUAAGUUUGCGGAGCCAAGUUUUUCGUGGAGAUAAGACAAUGCCAAGAAAUGCACCGUGUAUAUCAAAACCAUUUGACCCAUCCGUCGUACCAAAAUCUGUUGUUCGAUUUUCUGAAACCCCUGAUCUCCCUGAAAAUGGUUACAUGGCACCAAGAGGCAGAUCAGCCAUAUACAGAAUGUCCCGUUCUCCAUAUUUUAAGGCCCAUCCUACAACAAACGUGAAGGGUGCAGGACCUUCCAACAAUGUCUCUCAUGGCCCGUCAUCAUCUCACCAGACUCUAGCAAGCACCAUGCAUUCUGGUGGCAGGCAGGUCUUGAACCAAGGUAGUUCAGCUUUAGAUGGUGAUUUUGGAUCUGUUGGUCCUAUACGUAGAAUUCGCCAGAAGUCCAAUAUGAUAUCUCCUACAAAAGAUAUACGCUUGAAAUUUCCUGGAAAUCUUCCUCCUAGUCCCUCGACCCCACUUGACAAAGGUUUUAUCCAAGGUUCUGCGUCAAUGCAAGAGACUGUUGGGCUGGAUGACCAGAAGCAUGAUAGCAUAGACUUACAGAGUUCAGAAAAGGGAAAUAAUAGAAAAUCUUAUGAAAAUAUUGUUUCCAGUCCACUGCAGUCAAGAGAGACUGCCAAGAAAAUAUUGCAACAGCUUGAUAAAUUAGUGCCUUCACCAAAAGAAAGGUCAUCUGAACCAAACACUUUUUCUAGAGAUGAAUCACCUUCAAAGUUAAUGCAUAUUUCUUUACGUGGACAGGUUUUUGAAAACAUGAAGGAUAUAAAUUCAUCUAAGCCUCUAGAUAAGGAAGGCAAUGAUAAUUUGGAUGCUGUCGAUGAUUCCCUUCUGCUAGAUAUCAGAAAUACACCUCCUCAAAAUCCAGUCAAGGUAGAAGAAAAUGGCCCAAUAAAAUCUUCUGUUUCAGGAGUUAAAUCGGCAUCUGAAAGCAAUAGCGCGGAUGAUGCUCUUGUACGUGUCGCAGAUUUCAUGCCUGGUAACAGUUCUGCACAUGUUGGGAUCUCAGAUUCUGCUGCUUUUCCCUCACAAAAGAAUCCAGCUUUUAAAAUGAUUGCACCGGAGGAUUCACUGGAUCUGGAUGAUGAUAAUAACAACAAGGACACUUCUGGUCCAGUAAGCACUAUAGUGGAUAACGUUGAGCUGAAGAUAUUAAAGCAUGAAGAUGUUACUUCUGAGCCAGUAACAGCAAAGAGAUUUCUGAUAGCUUCAUCCAAGUACACACCUUUUCCGAGUUCCAUAUCUGCUGGAGAAGCUGAUAUGAAGGGUUCUGUUGGACCUGUGAUUUCUGAGAAAAGCACUGGCUUUACAUUUCCUGUCGCACCUGCUCCCAGCAUUCAUUCUCAGCCACCUCCAAAACCUGCCAUGCCAAGCCCUCUGGUUGACAGACCAGCUUCUCAGAAGGAACAAACAGCUGCUCCUUUUAGUUUUGGCUCCAAGGAUGAACCGACCUUUACAUUUUCAUCAACUGUGAGUACGACAGGUUUCAGUGAGACUGAUGGCCUGAAAAUUGGUGUGAGCAAUGACAGUUCAUCAAUUGUAGAUAACAACUCAAAGUUGAAUCUAUGUGGUGAAAUGCAGCAGGCUGGAGAUUUGAUCAAAUCAGUUGGAACAGAAGUUUCCUCAGUCAUAUCAACAUCAACAACACCUCGUGUCUUUGCUUUUGGUGCUUCGACUGCUCCAAGCUUAAGCAAUGGCUCACUGCGCUCAUCCUCUAACUUCUCAUUUUCCACUUCUCCAGCUGUGACAUUUUCUGCUGGUACUGCAAGCUCGAUUUUCUCUACCAGCCCUUCCAGUGCAACUGGUUGCAAUGGUUUAUCCGUAUCACCUGCAGCACCUAUAUUUUCCAUGGUUCCCGUACUUCAGUUUGGGUCCAGUACCUCAAAAGGGUUUCUGAUAUCAGUUUCUUCCCAGUAUAAAUCAGAUAACAUGGAUAUGGGGGCAAAGCCUACCAAGGCAUCACCAUUCAGCUUAAAUAGUUCUGCUCAGGGCACAUUCUCAUUUUCAAGCACAGGCAGCAGCAAUUCGUCUGCUCUGACAGUACCAUCUGCAUUUUCUAACACCGGCAGUGACUUAUCUGUUGCGGCAACAUUAUGUGCAAGUUCAAGCAUGGGCAGCAGUUCCACUGCUCCUGCCCCAAGUAUGAGUGCCAGCCAAUCUGUCCUUGGACCAUCAUCAGCAUUUUCAGAUACAACCAGCAUUUCUGGGUUCAGUUCUUCAGGGCAGUCCGGUAGUUUGAGUCCAUCUGUUGCAGCUAGCAAUUCUCAGAACUUUGCUGCUAGUUUUGGUGCUACAACUGCAUCUUUUGGCAUACAGUCAACCCAAACCGGAAGUUGGGUCUCACACAUUUCUCAAAGCUCUGCGAGUCCAUUUGGUCCUUCUCUGUCAGCUCCGACAUUUGGACUCAGUGCUACUUCCUCAUCUGGUUUUGGCAGUUCACCAUUUGGGCAUGCAUCUGGUACUAAAUCUUUUAGUUCAAGUUCUGGAUUCUCUGUUUCAGCUGGUGCCAACUCUUCCAGCCCUGGGACCAGCUCUUCUGCAGCUACCACUAGUUUGUUCAGUUCAAGUUCCCUACCAUCCACAUCAUCUGUCUUCGGUACCGGUUUUGGAUCUAGUGUGUCCCCAUCUACUGGAUUUUCAUUUGGACUGUCUACAUCUGCUUUAGGGAGUUCAUCUACAUUUGGUUCAUCAUCAGGCUCAGCAUUCUCAUUCACUUCAGCUGGUUCUACUCCAACGCCACUUUUUUCUGCGCAACCUGUAUUUGGAAUGUCCACUGCAGCUGCUGGUUUUAGCUCAGGAUCUACUGGAACUGAUCAGAUGAAUGUCGAGGACAGCAUGGCUGAUGACACUAACCAAGCAGAGGUUUCUAUGGUUUCGGCAUUUGCUCAACCAAGCAGUUCACUUGCGGCACCAGUCUUUGGUGCUCCAGCAAAUUUGUCAGGUGGAUCACCCAUUUUCCAAUUUGGUAGCCAUCUGAAUUCUUCUAUCCCUCAAAAUCCAUCCCCAUUUCAGGCAGCUGGUAAUCUAGAGCUUCCUCCGGGAGGAAGCUUUUCUUUGGGUAGUGGUGGUGGGGACAAGUCUGGCCGAAAAUUUGUGAAAGUAAGACGAGACAAGCAACGAAAGAAAUAAGACAUUUGUCUCCCAAUAGGGACUUUAUGACUCCAUUCUUAUCAACAUUGACUCAUCGUAUGAUAAUCAAAUAUUUUUCAAGGAAAGGUGUGGAUUGUUUAUUAUUUCCACCUUUGGUGCUGGGUUUUCUGAUAUCAAUGCUCUCGUGUCUUUUCCAGCACUGUAAAGUCGGUCUUUACUUUCUUCGCCCUCUGAGCUAUAUGUUUCCAAUUUUGGAUUAAGCUUUAGCGAGUAUAAGGAGUAUAUGCCUUGUGUUAGUGUCAAACAGGGUGCAUGGUGGACUUUGUUUUGUAACAUAGGACAUCAUGUAUUUCAUCAAAUGUAAUCUUGUAUCAGGUCUGUGCGCUGUUGUACAUUCUGGCUAGGUUAUUUAUUUUAUAUUAUUUGCAAAGGUGAGAUUGCAACUGCAGUUAUAUAUUUUCCAAAUCCUAUGGUAGAAGAAUAAUGCAGCUUGUCGACAAAUAUUUGUUUCCAGUCACUAUCA